UUGCGGCCUCUAACUUGUUAACCAUGCUCAGCCUCAGCGCUCAUGCCUGAUCUUACAAUACUAUAGAGUGGUACUCCUGAGAAGGUGUCAGGCUAGGCCUUCGGUAUAUAUAUAUGCAUAUAAGGUACAGCUCUAAUGAAUUGAAGAACCCCCAUACCCCCUUGGCAUAUUUAUCGCUAGAUGUGGCCAAUCAAGUUGAAGUUGCCAGGUAUCUUUAUGCCGUCACUCUUGGUGCAUAUGUGUGGGACAUUGCAACCAACUUGGAUAACAACUAUAAACUCCUUGUCCACCACCGGGUUGGUUUUCCCACUAUUGCUUAUUGGUUAUCAAGAGUUUUCACCCUGAGCUGGAUCCUUACUAUGCUUAUUUUCCAAGCUGGUUUCAUACCAAACUGCCAGGCACUGCAGAUUGCUAUGGGUGUAUGUCUUGUUCUAGCACAAUCAGCAACAUCCUUGCUUUUUCUUCUACAGACUGUGGCAAUAUGGCAUGGGAAUCACCAAACUUGUGCUAUGUUCAUCGUUUUAUGGGUGGCUGUUGUUGGGUCGUCACUGUCAGUGCCCAUAAGCACUGUUCCUGGAAAUAUAGGUCCAACACAACAAUGUAUUGUCCACAAAGUUUACGGAUAUGCUGAGCUAUUUUCAGCGGUAGCGAUGCUGAAUGAUAGUGUGAUACCUUUUGCCAUAUCAUAUCGCAUCCUCACGCGCUGCACAUUAGAAAAAUCAUUUAAAUCCCAGAUAGGGGCUUUUCUUGAUCAAGGCUCUAUCCCAAAACUCUCGUGCUCUUCUGCAAGGUGGUCUACAAUAUUACGUCAUAGCGGUUUUGGGAAUAUCCUACUCCUGGUACUUUUAGUGAUAUCUAGUGUCCCU